AUGGAUGACACGAGCGACGACGGAGACCUCGCCUUCUGCGUCCAGAACCGGACCCGCGAUGCUUUGAUUGCGAGCCAGACCGAGAUGGCCAGAAGCAAGCAGCCUUUGGCCAGGAAGGGCAGUGAGUUCCGACACCUCCCUGCCGAGUGGAAGUCGGCCUUCGAGGCAUCCGACAAGGCCGACUGUGUCAAGUGGAUCAAGUACGACACGGUGACAAUCCCGACGGAUAAAGUUUUCAAGACGAUCGACUCAUCCGAGGUACUGCCUAUGCCUCAGUUUUACACCGACAGGAAUAUGAAGCAACGC